GCGGUUUAUGAGCGGCUGUUUAUAUGGGUCGUUGAAAAGGUGAACGAAGCGAUCAGUGUUGAGAAGAGCAAAUAUGCGAGCAGUAGCACAGUGAUCGGUGUUCUGGAUAUCUAUGGAUUCGAGAUAUUCGCUAUCAAUAGGUAG